AUGGAUUGGUAUAAUAACAGAUCUAGACGAGGCUCAACAACAACAGGUCAACCCACCCAAUCAAAUCCAGCAUUUCAUGGAAUUAUUAAUUCUAAUAGUAGCACCACCGCUUCAAGUUCAUUAUCUUCUUCAUCCAACUCGUAUUCUUCCUCACCCAUGAUUAAUCCAAAUAAAUUCACCACACAACAGCAGCAACAGCAACAACAGCAACAGCAUGGUCAUAUUCCUCCACCCCUAAAUCUAUCGUCCCAACAAGGCAUGGGUCGUAACUUGAGUCCAGUUUCUCAAGCAAACUCGCCCAUUGUGACAAUUCCUCCAACACCAUUAGAAAGGAAUUCAUAUUAUUUUAGUGAGUUCCCCCUUUAUGCGUGUGAUUGGACUUGUUUAAAUAAUGGACAAAUUGAUUGUAUUGCAGUGGGCUCAUACAAGGAAACAUUUGCCAAUAAACUAGAAAUCAUACAUGGAAGUAACUAUGAAAAUGAAUUCAAUAUGGAGAAUUCCCUUAGUCCUGGUACAAAUACUUCAUUCGGUUAUAAUAACAAAAAUCACAAUAAUGCAUAUUAUGAAGACGAGGAGAUAGCGCCGCGUGAUGAAGGGUUUUAUUUUCAAAAAGUCUGUGAUGUCACUUUAGAUUACCCAAUUACUCAUUUACAAUGGGAUCCCCUGAUGUUAAAGUAUGGUUCAAGUGGUGUUGAAAGAUUAGCUACAUCCAGUGAAGUGUUGCGCUUGUAUAAAGUUGCUGACAAUGGCAAUGACUCUUACUCGUUGCAGCAGACUCAUGUGUUGGCUAAUAAUACUGUUAGUUGCUCGAGCACUUCUUCCAACAGCAACAAUUCAUCUGGAUCUGGUAGUGCCCGAACUAUUGACGAUGUAAACACAUAUCCCCCCGUGACAUCGUUUGAUUGGAAUAAGGCUGAUCCAAAUGUACUAAUAACCUCAAGUGUGGAUACUACAUGCACAGUGUGGGACUUGCAUCGAUCGCCCGGUAGAACGGCGCUCAAUGAAGAAAUGCUCGAUACGGCAACGGUCAAGACGCAAUUGAUUGCUCAUGAUUCGGAGGUUUUUGAUGUCAAGUUUUUACAUAAAUCAACUAACGUAUUUGCAUCAGUGGGGAAUGAUGGAUCAAUGAGAGUAUUUGAUUUACGAUCAUUAGAGCAUUCAACCAUUAUAUACGAGCCGUCCCCGUCUGCAUCCCCAUCGGCAACAGCAUCAGCAUCCAUAUCGGCAACAAACCCAGCCUUGUCGGCAACCUUUGAUUCAAAGGCAUUGUUAACUUUAAGCACGUCGAAUGUUGAUCAACAUCAUCUAGCAGCGGUUGGUGUCAACUCAAAUCAAAUUAUUGUCAUUGAUAUGAGAAUGCCAGGAUUACCCGUUGUAAUUAUUGAUGGUUCAUUAGGCGGAAUGAAUAAUUCUCUGAUCAAUCUGAUAAAAUGGCACCCGACAUCAAACUAUUUACUCAGUGGAGGUGAUGAUUGUCAAGCAUUGGUUUGGGAUAUCAAUAAUUUGUCCAAUGCAACGAAUGGAAGCACCAAUGGGAGUAAUCAUUCUGGAAGGAUCAUUGACACACCCGUAUUGGCAUAUUCAGAAGACUUGGAAGUCAACAACGUUUGUUGGAGACAGAACCAAGGGGAUUGGAUGGGUGUUGUUAGUGGGAAAGGUUUCCAAGCUGUUCUGAUUUGA